UUAAUAAUUUGCAGUUUAAUAAUAGCUAUGAUGGAUCUAAUCCACACAUUCCUGAACUUAGCAGCUCCGCCGUUCACUUUCUUCUCUCUCAUGUUUUUGUUGCCGCCUUUCCAGAUUUUCAAGUUCUUCCUCUCCGUUUUGGGUACCCUUUUCAGCGAAGAUGUCGCCGGAAAAGUUGUCGUCAUCACCGGCGCCUCCUCCGGCAUCGGCGAAAGUCUUGCGUAUGAAUAUGCGAAGCGAGGCGCGUGCUUAGUACUUGCUGCGAGGAGAGAGAGGAGCCUUCAAGAAGUGGCUGAGACGGCGCGUGAUUGUGGCUCGCCGGAUGUUGUGGUUGUACGCGCCGAUGUUUCCAAGGUGGAGGACUGCCGCAAAAUCAUCGAUCACACCAUGAAUCAUUUUGGAAGAUUGGAUCAUCUGGUGAAUAAUGCUGGAAUUACAUCGGUUGCCAUGCUGGAAGAAGUUGAUGACGUCACUGAUUUCAGAGCAAUUAUGGAUGUUAAUUUCUGGGGAUUUGUAUAUAUGACCCGAUUCGCAGCCCCUUACCUUCGGAACAGCCGAGGCCGAAUCGUCGUGAUCUCUUCGUCUGCCUCUUGGUUGCCUUCACCAAGAAUGAGCUUUUACAAUGCUAGCAAGGCGGCGAUUGCGCAAUUUUUCGAGACACUGAGGGUGGAAUUCGGGCCCGACAUAGGAAUAACCCUCGUUACCCCGGGAUUCAUAGAAUCCGAACUCACACAAGGCAAAUUCUUAAACAAGGAAGGCAAACUUGUAGUUGAUCAAGAAAUGCGAGAUGUACAAGUGAAUAUGUUCCCGGUCCAAAGGGUGGAGAGCUGCGCAAAGUCGAUAGUGAGGAGUGCGAUUCGAGGAGAAAGAUACCUAACGGAGCCAGCGUGGGUUAGAGUUACUCACCUUUGGAAGCUCUUUAUGCCGGAGGCUAUGGAGUGGAUGUAUAGAUUGAUGUAUAUAACGGGGCCCGGUGAGGAAUCGGAGGCUGCAUUUGGGAAGAAGGUUUUGGACUACACCGGAGCUAAGCAUUUGCUCUACCCGGAGUCGGUACACACGCCGGAGACCAAGAUGGAGUAAAAUGUUGUUGAUGUUUGAUAUAUGUUUGUGAGAUUUGUGUAUGUUUAAUUUAUGUAGUGGAUGUUUGUGUAGUUUGUGUUGGUACAUGUCUUUGAAUAAAGUUAGUGUUGUGACUUCUGU